AUGGAUGUACCAGAGGGGAAUGGAAACCCUUUGGGCAAUGGACUCGGUCGAGCUAGGCAAACUCGACCGAUUGGUCUAGGAGAUGCUCCAAACCGCCACCAACAGAGACAAGGGAUUGUUCCACCACCAGUGCAGAACCACAACUUUGAGAUCAAGCUGGGAAUGAUCAACCUUGUCAGAACAAGAUGUUCCAUGGAUUGCCAAGUGAAGACCCCAUUGACCACCUUUGUAACAUCCCGGUUUGUAAUAAAUGAAGAGAGGCUUAAGAGAAUUGAUUUGGCUACCUAUGUCAACAAAGUGCACUUACCUUUUCGGUCAAAGGUCUAUAAGUAA